UGGUCACGAAGUAAAUAGUAACAUGGCGGUCGCCGAUGUUGUUAUCAAGCAAGAGGCUGUAGAUGCCGUGGAUUUAGAAGCGAGAGUUGUCCAACUUUGCAAAGAGAAUCCUAAAGGAAUAACAGAUCAGAUUAUUUCGCAGGGUAUGCCAAAUAUUCCACCUCAGCAAAGAGUCACAGCCAUAAACAGACUUCUCUCAAUGGGUAGGAUUGAACUUCUUAAAAGUGGCACACAACUGUUAUACAGAUAUAAAGAUGCCCAAUCAACUACGAAAACUAAAGGAUUUGAAUUAGAAGAGAAGGUUGUCUAUCAGAUCAUAGAAGAGGCACAAAACAAAGGUAUCUGGAUCAGGGACAUUAGAUUCAAAAGUAAUCUACCCAUGACACAAGUUAACAAGAUUGUAAAAAAUUUGGAAAGUAAGAAGCUUAUUAAAGCUGUUAAAUCAGUUGCUGCCUCCAGAAAGAAGGUAUACAUGUUAUUCAAUUUGGAACCAGAUAUAACAGUGACUGGAGGAGCUUGGUACAGUGAUCAGGAUUUUGAAUCAGAAUUUGUGGAAGUGCUUAAUCAACAGUGUCACAAGUAUCUGGAACAAAGGGCUUUGCAAGUUGAACAAAUGAAUGUAGAUCCACUGGCCAAGAGGAAUGCAUCUUAUUCAUCAUGUUAUGAUGUAUGGAAGUAUAUCUCUGAAUUAGGGAUUAGCAAGGUUCAACUGGCUGAAGGGGACAUUGAAACAAUUUUAAACACACUAGUCUUUGAUGGAAAGGCGGAAAUGUCAUUGGUUGUUGAUAACAGCUUGAGCAGAUCAUCAGAUAAUGGUCAGAAGAAACUUUAUAGAGCACUUGCUCCAUUGCUGCCAGCAGCAGGACUCAUGAGUACACCAUGCGGUGUUUGUCCAGUAUCCAACCAAUGUUGCAGUGGUGGGCCCAUAUCUCCAAGCAAAUGUAUUUACAUGAGGGACUGGCUCUCUGAGCUCUAACACUCUUAAUUACUUUGUAAAUAAAAGAUAAAUGAUGGCUACAGGCAUACAAAUAUGUUUCAAAAUCAGUUAGCUCAUGGACUGUCAUUUCAUUUCUGCAACUGGACAACAAUUUACUGCUUAGCAAUUAAAUUUUAAAGAUUGAGGUGUAGGAAAGAUUAUCAUUCAAAUAAAGAGAUCAAAUGUUGCCUGAAA